AUGGCUGCCGUCCCUCAUGUGGCUCCUGCCAGAGAACAGAAGAGAAGUGUAUUUAUCAUGCCAGAGGCGUUACCCAGGUCUCGAGAGGUUGUGGAUCUUCUGUCAAGUGUGGAGAGGAGACUGGAAAAACUCGAACAGCACCAGACUGCCCCCUCAAAGACGGUCAACUACUAUUCAACGCUGCAACCUCAUUUCGAAAUCCUCGGACAACUAACCGACAAUGACACGGGCAUCUUUAAUCCCGGUUUCCAGGCCACGGUUCCCGCAGAGAUUUCCGUCUCCGCCUUAGUCGCGUGUAUCAAUUCCGUGUUCGAAGGGAUGGACGGUUUUCCUUUCUUCUUCAGACACCUCUUCCAGUACGGGGGACUGUCUAAGGAAGUAUGCCUUGGCCUUUUUCCGGCGGUGUCUUCAAAUUUGGACUCUAUUCUUUUCUUCGGGAACCUGACCCCCGAACAGCUUCUUGUCCAAGCGAUGGCUCUCAAAUACAACGCGGCCAUCACGCGAAGCCGGGAGCUGGAUGAGAAAGCGGAUCUCUCCUUCCGGGGCGCGCUCGAAAAGAUGUGGGUGGUACAACCCUCGCAGAGUUUGCAAGCUCUGUCGUGCAGAUUUUUGUUCGUGGCCAUGCUCCUGUACCUGUAUGGGAGACCUCACGAGUCUCUACUCGCCCUGCAAAAUGUCUUAAACCUGCUUCAUGGAGUUCUUUCACAACGCUUUGAGGAACCUACGUCCCUUUCUCAGCUGGAAGCCUGUUCCCUCCAGUACUUUAUCCUGGAAAUCGAUGUACUGAGCGUAACAGAUGGGAUGGCCUCAGGAUCUCUCCGAGCCUCCGUCGUCGCGGCCGCAACCACCCCUCUUAAUUUGUCCACGAACGGACCGAUUGCAGUGCCGGUGGACCACCCGGGGUUCCGAGAACGUCUGGCGCACUUGGAGCUGAGAGCCUGUAUGGACACUAUUCAGGCGUACAAUCUCGGACAGACCUAUUCUUCUCCCCAGCAAGACGUAGCGAUCGUCAGCGAGGUUCUUGAACGCUUGGAUCGGUGGCAUUCAGCCCUUCCCGGAAACUUGAAGUUUCCUCGGUAUCCGGACACUUUCGGCCCGGCGUCUACCGAUGUGACGGCAGACGCUAUGGUAAGCAAGGAAGCCCUAGACCUCUGGAACUUUCUCACACAGCUAGGGUGAAUUGGGACUGCAGUUCUAUGCAACCAAACUCCUCGCCUGCCUCCCCAUAUUAUUACACGUGCUAUCACUGUCACCUGGCUCAACAUGGGAGGCGCCCAUUGAUAAGUGUUGCCGUGAAUGUGUGUCGAACGCGACUAUGCUCAUCCUCCUGCACUCAAACAGGCAUCAGACUAACCGGCAUGGAUAUUUGGACAGUUGGAUUAGCUUUCAACGUCUGGUCGUGGCUUAUGUAUCUAUUCUUCGGGUUCGGACGUCAGCAAUGUCUGACCUCUUCGCAAAGCAUGGAUACCCGGAUCAGUUACUCGAUUGUGUCGAAGACAUCCUCAAAUGUGCCGUAGACAGGCGGGCGAUCGCGAGCGAG